AUGCAAAUAAGUCUGCUGCAUAACAAUGGCAGUAGGCGUACGCACGCGACCGACUGUCAGAGAAUGGUUCGACACGCGAGGCAGCGAAUUCCUUUGCUCAUGGGGCCCUCCUGGCGGGGGAGAGCUCGGAUGACUCUCUUUUCUCGGACUAGCAACCCAUUUCUCCCUCUAUUCGAGUUAGGGUUGUUUCGUUCGGUGUGGUCCAUCUUUCUCCUGCGAGGACAGGUUCGUCUCCAGCUGACCCGCUCCUCCACAGCGCCAACACCUUCGCUCAUUACAAUUUGCCGAAAAGUGUCCGACCAUGCCACAUCCAGCAUCUCAGAGGCUUUAUUCGCACUGGGGCCAUCCUGCCUCUUACUUUUUACAGUUUGCGGUCCCAUUCCAUCGUACACCAUUGAGGCCUUGCGCCCGAACUCGCCACAAGUCGUACAGUUCGGCCCAGAGAUCUCAGGUCGCCUCCAUUGUUUGUCGGACAGUCAGGGUCCGAUGCCCACUGUAUUUGCAAGCCCAACACACCAGCCCAUAUCGGCCCGGUGUGGGAUUGAAAAACCCAUAACGCAAAUCCUAGGCCUUGCUAUUGGGUCAGUCUCCUCCCCAGUCCUCUUCUACAUCCUCCUUCGGUUCCCUUAUCCAGAUCCGCUCCCCGAUCCUUCUUUUUAUUAUUACCUUGGCCUCCCGGUGGCUCCUUUCUAUACCACUUCUUAUCCUAUCUCAGAGUCGCUCCUUGACCCGAGCCGUUUCUAUGGCUGCAGCCAGGGUGACCAGUCCUCCUUCAGGACAUCGCCCUCAAGUCCCUGUCGCUUAGUGCAUCUACAUAUACAUCGGCUAACAAGGCCUGAAUAG